UGAUUUUCAUAUAUGUUAAUUUGUUCGCUUCCUCUUGCCAUUUGCCCCCGACCUCCGCUGACAGCGAGCACAUGUUUAUCUAGCCGUCCCAUGCCUUGGCUGCUGGUGCAACCCAUAAGCUCGUCAUGGCUAUCGGAAGAUGAUACCAUCCUUGCUGUUUGUUUGCAUCAAGUUUUGUUUAAGUAGGCCAGAUCUUUCAUAGUGGUAUACCCACGAGCACAAGAUGAGAUCCACACUCCUCCUCUUGUCAGGGCUAGUGGCCACAGCUUUUAGUGCUGCAGUGCCUGUUGAACGAGAUGCUCUGGUCGCACGUGAGAAGGAAACAGUGACAGUGAUCGUCACAGUUACCUCUACAACCACAAGGAGCAGCAGUACGAAAAGGACUACCGCGCAGCCAACCGCCACUGUAGUGUAUGUUACAGUGACUUCUUUCUACACAUCACAAUAUCCAAUCACAAGCGCUCCAGCUACCUACACAGGAUGGACUGGAUUCCACCCUCCAUGGUGGAGUUGGUUCACAGCAAGUAAUCACCCAGUCACCGUCACCGAUUCGAUUGGACCUGUCACUGUUUAUUCUCCGAUUUACGUCACAGUGACCGAAACUGAUCCUGGUGACGAUAAUUAUGCUGCCACUGUCACGCUGCCUGCUCUGACCGUGCCUGUCAAGCGUGACGAGGGUAAGCAUACUCAUGAGUUGGAAAUGAAGCGGGCCUGUAAUGUUUAAGAGUAGAGGAAGGAAAGAUAGAAGGUUGACGGAGUCACGAAAGGGGGCGUCGUUGGACUAGCCUAUAAUACAAAUCCUUUGUCCAGCUUCCCCUUUACUCUUUGCUCUGGAGUUUUGCCGCGCGUCCAUCUGCUUUUUGUUGCAAAAGGGAUCAGCUACUAAC